AUGUUAAUUUUUCUAAUAUAAAUUACAUAAAGUCUUUGUUAUUUUAUAUUUGAAUAAAAAGGAAGAAUUAACAAUUCAUUUCAUCUUGAUUUGAAUAUUACAAAAGAAGAAAAAUAGCAAUUAGAUAAGAAUUAUUUAUGGUUUGAUUUUUAAUUUGAUUAUCCAACACCAACAUCAAUAUAAAUAGAAAAUAGCACCUAUAAUUAAUUACUUUAAGUGCAAGUAGAAGAAGCAUAAUAUGGCCUUUUUAUAUCUCAAGAUUUUUAAUUAUCUAAUUAUAAGACUACAAUCAUCCUUGAUCCAUUACCAUAGUAUUAAGAUUUAUGGUAUAAAUAUAAUAUCUAGAUGAAUAAAAAUCCAAGAUUUCUCACUAGAUUUCAACCUGAAUUAGGUUUUACUAAAAAUUAAUCAGAAAUAUUUUAUAAUCUCAAUAUGACUUAUGAAACUUCAGGUUUUUAUCAAAUAGAGAUUAUUUAUAAAUAUGGAUCUGGAUAUUUGGAACUUUCAACUUGUAAAAAUAAUAUUUGCUAAAAUUAAAUGAAUUAGACUAAAUUAUUACUAAAUUAUUCAUAAAUAGAAUGCACUAUGAUUUUACAAGAUUCUUUUGAAGAUCUUUGUAGUUAUCAACUUAAAGUAACUACCAUUAAUGCCACUUUUUAUUAACUUACUAUUAAACACUAUAGUUAUGCAAAUGUGUAAUUUAUUAAACCUAACAAAGUAACAUAAAUAGAAAUAUCAAACUAAGAAGCCUCUCUUGUAUUGGAUGAUUUAAAUUCUCUAAAUUUUAUUUAUUUCAAUUCAAAUAUUAAAGCAAUCUAAUUCACCAAAAACUAUAGAAAAUAAUUUGAAGGUAAUAUAAUUAUUUUGGUCAAAGAAGAAUAAAAUUUAUAAGAUUGGGAUUAAAAUUUUUAUAUUUAGACUUCCUCACAUUAAUAAUUAACCUUAUAAUAUAUCAAUUCAAUAUAGAUCCUAUAUUUGAAUUCAAAUUUCAGAUUAGAAUAAGAAGAAGAUUCUUAUCAAUUCUAUUGUGUUGAAACUAUAUUUCCUGAAUUUAUUUUUGAGAUUUUUGUUUAUGACAAUGUAUUUCUAGUUUAAAUUUAUUUUUCUAAUUAAACCUUAUAUCCUAAUGAGUAUAAGAACCUAUUUGAAUUAAGAGAAUCAAAUAUCAAAACGAUAUAAAUGAAUGGACUUAGCAGGAUGUAUAUUGGUAUUAAAACAAAAUAAAAGUCAAUCGAAUAUUAAUUACAUAUAAGAGAACCUUCUUUCUAUAUAUUAAACUUAUAUUAAUUAAGAAAAAUUAGUUAUUGUAUGUCAUGUUAGAUGGAAUUCAAAUAUGUAGCAUAAUUUAAUGGAGAAAUUUAAUUCCACAUUUAUUAUAAUUAAAUGAACUAUGAAUAAGAUAAUUCUGUAUUUGAAAUAAAGUUUAUAGAAAAUGGAAAAUUCAUUAAACAAUCAUAAAUUUACAAUACUAAAAAAUAUUUAAGGUUAUCUGUUUAAAUUAAAGAGGGAUUGCAAUACACAAUAAUAACAAGAAGUCAAGUUUAAUAGGAGUUAGAUAUUAUGUUAACUGAUCUAAAAUUUUUGGAAAUAGACUUUGAUUAAGAUAUUUCUUCAAUCGAUUUUAAUGUAGAAAUAUUUAAGAUAGCCAAUACAAACAAUAAUAUUUAUUUCUUAUAUUUUAUGUAGGAUUUAGAAGAAUCAAUUGAAAUUAUUAAUAGAAACGGAAGAUCUGAAUUUUAAAAGAUUGCUUAAAAUUAUUAUGAAGUCUAAUUUACAAAUAACAAAAAAUAAGAUACUUAUACAUAUUUUAUGAUAACAGGCAUAAAUUCAUCAAUUACAUUUUAAGUUUAAGAAAAACCUUGUGAAAACGUUAAAAUUAUAUCUCAUAAUAUUUUCUUGUAGCCUCUUAAAUAUUAUUAAUCAAUUAAAAACCUUACUCUUAAAACACAAAUUCUUGAUUGCUAAUAAAUAAAAUGUGAUCAACUCAAUAUUUCUCAAAUAAAUAUUAUUACAAAAAUAGUUUAUAAAAAUAAUAUUAUAAUGCAUAUUAAAGGAUAUUAUAAUUUAAGCGAAUAUUAUUAAACUCUUGAUGAGUAAUAUGAACCUAUUUAAAAUAUUUAAUCAAUUUAAUUGAUUGCAUCUAUAAAUUAAAAUAGUAAUAAUUUCAACUUUAGUUCUAAUGUUUAUUAAUUAUAAUUAAAAAAUUAAAUAAUGCUACAAAGAUAAGAACCUUAAUUAUAAAAUCUAUUAUUUGUAAUUUUGUAUAUAGUUUUCAUUGUUUUUCUUGGAUAUAUUGUCUUUAAGAUGAUUUAUAGAAAGAAAGCAUCAAUAUUUCCUAAAAAAGCCAAUUAAAAAACAAAAAAUUAUGAAGAUGAAGAAGAAUCUAUUAAAAUAGAUGAUUUAUGA